AUUUUUCGUUAUCCCCUUGUUCAGAGGGAGGAGGAGCUCAAUCAAAGAGCGCAAAACAAUGGCAGCAUCAACCCUGACUUUCAGUGGCUUUUCAACCCUACAAACUUUCCCCAAAAUUGCAGCAGUUGAAAGUGCAAAACGCAUGAACUUUUCCAUUCGGUCGCAGAGCGCGUCGAAUUCUAAAAAUGAAAGCCGUGGAGGAAGGCGAAUAUGGAGGCGAAGAAAAUUGACGAAAAAGGAUGAAACAUUAGACGCCAAAAUGGAAAGGAUUCCUUUCCUUGAGGAGCAGGUGAGGAAGAUAAGGGAUGGGGGUAAGCUAUUGACAAUGGACAUUCAUAGACUAUUACUGAAUGAGGACAACCGGUUUGAUUUUGUCAAUGAGAUUGCUGCAGAGGCCAAACAGUAUGUUGAGAACAACCGAGAUGAAUAUGGUGCAAAGAAGGCUAUCCUUCAUGUGCUUAGUAAUCGUAUGAAUGAUGCUGGAGUUUAUCGAGCAGAGGCAUACAUGGAAUCCGACCCCUUCAAGCCAGGCCCUGGAUAUUUGAAAGACGAACUACUGUAGAUCAUUAGUUAGCUAUACUUUCUGUAUUCAUAUAGCGCAUCUCUAGUUGGCAGCCAUUAUAUACAUUUUCAUCUGGGGUAUAAUGUCAAAUGAGGAGAGGUGAAAUACAAUCCUAGCAGCUAAAAAAAACUCUUUUAAAUGGUAGAACACAAUCUAUUUCUGUAUUUAAUUAGUGUUUAAUUGUUCGUGGCAAAAGGUAGUACAGAAAUGCACCAGCAAGGCUUAUUUUACAUC